GUCUUGAUCUGAUCACCAGAAGAGGAAACUCCGUCUUCUUCUCGCAGCUCCUCAUCUCGGCUGACCUUCUUCUGGAGCCUCCUUCUUGAUGUCACCGUCAAACACAGGGUUCUGGACCAUGGCCGGGUGUUAUGGGGUGGCGGUCCUGGUGGGUGUGGCGUCCUUUCUGACGACUGGCCAAUGCGAUGCGAGCUGCAGAGGGACGGACGGCGUGCCGGGAGCGGCGGGACCUCCGGGCCGAGACGGAUAUCAGGGAGCGAAGGGAGAGAAAGGAGAGCCGGCUGUGGCGGCCGGCGGUCCGGUGGAUGUCGGCAUCCUGCCGGCGCUGAAGGGGCAGGCGGGGAGUCGAGGCCCUCAGGGGGUCAUGGGCCCUAAAGGUUACAGCGGGCAUCUGGGGCCGACGGGCACCCACGGAGCGGUCGGUCGCCCCGGCCCCGAGGGGGAGAGCAUCGGCCACGGAGGACAACUGUCUCCUCAGCAGGGACGCUCAGCCUUCUCCGUGAUCAGGACUGAUAACAGUUAUCCUCCCCUACGCCAGGUAGUGACCUUUCAGACCACCGUUGUCAACAAGGGUCAGGACUUCAACGCAGCCACGGGCCAAUUCUCCUGCCGCGUACCCGGCCUUUAUUACUUCACCUUCCACUCGAUGGCAAAGGUCAGUGUGUGUCUGGGGAUCCUCAGUGACGCUCUGGGGGAGAGGCUGGGAUUCUGUGAUUACAACCGGAACAGCGAUCAAGUGCUGUCGGGCGGCGUCGUCUUACAGCUGAGACUCGGGCAGAAGGUUUGGUUGGAGUCCUUCAGGGACCAGCAGAAAGACCCUGAAAUACGAGACACUCAGGAGAAAAGCAUCAUCUUCAGCGGCUUCCUGAUCUUCUCAGCCUCAGAAUAAAGUCCAGAGCUGCGCCCGGUGAACCGGAGGCGGCCUCGUGAAUUCACCAUCUGAGAGUUCUGAAGUGAAAUCCUCAAAAAGCUGUUUCCAACGUGAAAAUGAAGCACAACUGAGCAUCAUGUAGAUCCAUAAUUAGGUUUGUUUGAUCUGUGUCCUUCAUAUUGACUCAUUUAAACUGUCUCCGAAGAUUCGCUGUAAAUGCAAACAAAAUUAAAGUUUAUACUUGAUGGUG